AGCCGCAGUCUCCAUUGGCCAAUCCGAAAACAGCUCCUCAGGGCGAGGGGCGGGCCGUUUGGCUGGCCGGCCGACCGACAGGGCCUGUUUCUUAGCAGCGGACCGACCUUUGAUUCCCCCUCCGAAGAAAGUAGGCGGCAAAUGGGCUUCCUUGGAGGAGGCAUUGCCGCUCCUCUUCUUCUCCAGGCUCUCCUGGAGGCCUCCGCCGCUGGGCCGGGGGAGAAGGCCGCAGGCGCGCACAUGGCAACGCUGAGUACGUGAGCGAAGGAACCAUCUUCUUCUCUGAAUAGAACGGCAAAAGGUGAACUGCAUAAUGGCUGAAAAUUCAUCUGUAUGUAUGGCGGGCAUCACCCCUGUCCAGCAAAUGUUGGCAUCUGGGACAGGGGCCCUCUUCACCUCUCUGUUUGUUACACCCUUGGAUGUAGUAAAGAUCCGACUACAGGCUCAAAGGACACCAUUCUCCAAAGUGUUGUCAGUACAGUCUAUACCGUGGAGCAUUCAGCAGGCCAGAUGGAAAUGUUUCCUUUACUGCAAUGGCCUGAUGGACCACUUAUAUGUGUGUCAGAACGGCAAUGGCUGCACUGCCUGGUAUAAGGCCCCAACUCAAUUCACUGGCACUUUGGAUGCUUUUGUGAAGAUAAUACGCCACGAGGGCAUUCGAUCCUUAUGGAGUGGCCUGCCACCCACCCUAGUGAUGGCUGUUCCUGCCACUGUGAUCUACUUCACUAGUUAUGAUCAACUACGUGAUUUUUUACAUUCUAAGAUGGAUAGCCAAAGGCGCUACAUCCCACUAGUGGCUGGAGCUGUUGCUCGAUUGGGUGCAGUAACUGUGAUCAGCCCCUUGGAGCUUAUCCGAACAAAGAUGCAGUCCCGCCAGCUGACCUACCAAGAGCUGCGUGUGUGCAUCCAAUCUGCUGUGGCCCAGGAUGGAUGGCUGUCCCUCUGGAGGGGCUGGGGACCCACAGUAUUGCGGGAUGUUCCCUUCUCAGCUUUGUACUGGUUUAAUUAUGAGCUGGUGAAAGAUUGGCUUUGUAGUCAAUUCCGUCUUGACAAGGCCACCUUCAUGACCAGCUUUGCUGCUGGUGCAAUUUCCGGGACGGUGGCGGCUGUCCUGACAUUGCCCUUUGAUGUAGUGAAGACCCAAAGGCAGAUUGAGCUGGGAAACAUGGAAACAGUUCAAGUUAACACUCCCAGAUCCUCAUCUACAUGGCUGCUUAUGCAGAGAAUUCGAGCAGAAUCUGGCACCCGAGGACUCUUUGCAGGUUUCAUGCCUCGUGUCAUCAAAGUGGCCCCAGCCUGUGCAAUCAUGAUCAGCACAUAUGAAUUUGGCAAGACUUUCUUCCAGAAACUGAAUCGGGAGCGGCAACUAAGCAGCUUGUGAGGUCCAGGAAAAGAGCCUCGAUUGACAUCCUCCAGAUGGACCAAAAUCAUGCUGAUGGCAGGAGUGUGCAGACUUCAACAGAGGCAAGGAAAGGAAACAAGGGAUUGUGAAUUUAGGCACUAGAAAAGAAGCAUGCAGCAGAGAUCUCUAUCAGUCAAGAAACAUUUUGCUCACUUAUUCCUAUAGGCUCUGUCUCAUGACAAUCCCAGGUGCCUUCUAGCUGGUUUUUGCCCUACCAUAUUUUUCCUUCAUCCUCAUCUUAAAACCAUAGUGAACUCUUGCCCUUGGGAUGUUGCAGCUUAGGGGCCUAUUCUGUAUCUAUUGCUAGAGCAGGAGUUCUACCCAGCAUUUUUCCUCUUUUCCCCCAAACAAAAGAUUCAGAUGCAGGAGGAGGUGAAAGGAAAAAAAAAAGAGAGGGAGAAGCACAUUGACUGGCAUUCCAAAAUGAGAAGAUCUUUCCAUGAAACAACAUUUUCCUUCAUCUUCUGUUGCUGCCUUUUUGUGGGCCUCCAAAGAGUUUAUAUUGCUGAACAAGAGACAGACUUCUCAAUCCCUGCCUUAAUUUUAAAAUUGUCUUGUCCUGCAUUGUCUGUUGUUCCCUCACAUAACCUAUUCAGCGCAUGAUGGAUACUGCUGGCUCAAGUUGUAACUCCACACUGGACUUUUCUGGGAUCCUGGACAAAAAACACUGGUUUUGAAAGCUCAGGAUCCACCCAGCCCUUCUCUUGACACCACACGAACUGCCUGAACUCUAACUCUUCACGCCUUAGUUGAUGGGUACCAUGGAGGGGAAGGAUGUAAACUUUUCCCCCACCCCCUUCCAGAACACCUUCUAAGUCAAAGCAGGGAAUGAAAUCUAUAACAGACCAAGGUUUGGUUUGUUGCUAGGGACUUUUGUGUAGCAUUUUAAAGCACAUAUUACCUGUACUCCUUUCCAUGCUGUGAAAUUAUGUGCCUGUUGGUUAUGUUCUUGUGGAAGGGGAAAUGCUAAACACUUGUUUCUUAAAUAAAAGCCUCUUUUUAAAAAAUCAGAAA